AUGUUUGGCGGCGGGCUUUUCUAUCCACUUGUGAGACCAGACACUUCCGACGCUUCCCUGCUCCCUCCAAAACAAUUCCCAAACCAUCGACCCAAAAUCCCCUUCGUCAUUGCCCGUUUCCAACUUGUCCCAUCCUUCAUCCCUCGCUUCUCCUUGUCACUUGAUCUUUCGCAUACCAUCGCAUUGCUCCGCAACCUUGCUCUCACGGCCUCUCUCUCUCACCCACCCGCCGCCACACAGCCGAAGGAAACGGUCCGCAGCGCUCGCAGAUUCCCCCCCUCGACUCCCGCUGCGGCGGUGUCGCUGCCAUCGACUCUCUUCGAUAUUCGAUACGAAACUCUCGCUCUCUGUUGCAUCAGGCCCAUCAAGCGCGCCGUCACGCGCGGCUACUUCAGCCCAGCCCCCAUCCCCAACAAUAUCACCGGCUGCUGCACCAUAGCUACCAUGUCAGAUCCCUCGUCGGCCCUGACGGGCGUCGUCAUCGGCCUCGUCUCGUCCUUUGGCUCCAUACUCCUCAUUGGUUUGGUUGUCUUCGUCUUUUGGGCCUCGGGCUGCGCCGGCUCCGGCCGCAUCCUGCUCGACCGCCUCGGCCGCCCCGGCGAGUAUGACGACGAACAGGCCUUUCUGCGCGAGGAGGAGGAGGCUCUACAGACGAUGGAUGAGAUGGCCCGUACGGACUAUCUGAGAGCAAAAGCCUUUGUCACCGCCAACCCUCCCGAAUCCCUUCAGACCGACAUCUCCCUCUCCCAGUAUCUCGCCAUCCAGGAAAAAGGCGUCUCCGCCUGGGAAUUCGAGCCCGAGCUCGAAAUCGCAAACUGUUUCGUCGAAGCCCGCACGGAAAUCGAAUUCUACGAUUCUGAAUGCACCGUCAUGUGCAACUUGCCUGUCCCCAAACAAAACGACGUCUACUAUUGGGAAGCCAAGAUAUAUGAAAAGCCCGAAUCGACCCUGCUCGGUAUCGGCAUGGCCACCAAGCCCUACCCGCUGUUUCGGCUGCCAGGCUAUCAUAAAUACUCGGUCGCCUACCACUCCAACGGCUCACGCCACUACAACCAACCCUUCAGCCAAAUCCCCUACGGCCCCCGUCUCGUUCAAGGCGAUGUCGUAGGCGUUGGUUACCGACCCCGUACCGGCGCCAUCUUCUUUACUCGCAACGGCAAGAAGCUGGAGGAAGUCGUGCACGGUCUGAAAUCGCAGAAUUUCUUUCCUGCGGUCGGUGCCAACGGCCCGGCCACAGUCCACGUCAAUCUCGGCCAGUCUGGCUUCGUCUUCAUCGAAGCCAACGUCAAGAAAUGGGGUCUGGCUCCCGUCACCGGCAGCCUUGCCCCGCCACCCCCGUACGGCUCCGAGCAGGGCAGUAUACUUCUCGAGUCCGGCAACAAGGACGGUUACGCUCCGCCCCCGGGACGUCGCCACGGCCACUCAUUUAGCGGGUCGGUCUACAGUAUCCGCGGAGGCCAUUCACCCGCCAACGCGCAACACGGCCGAACACGCAGUGGCAACUUUCGAAUUCUUCCCACCAGUCCCGGCCCCGUACGAAGCCCCACGGACAUUUCCCUCGCCCAGCUCGUUCGCACUGAUGAAGGCGGUGAAACCAGCAGCUCUGCCCAGCAGCUACAGGCGGAGCAAGAUCAUCACGACGAGAACCCGCUGCACCUACACCUAUUAGACGCCACAAAUCCGCCGCCCGACUAUACGAGUCCCACUGGCUCCGAUAUUGAUGGAAACAGUCGCCGGCAAAGCACGGACAGCGAUGACACGCCUCUUAUUCAAGUCAUGAACCGUAGCCGUGGUAACUCGGCUGCUGCACUCGGCACAGCCGCCGACGACCCCCCGGUGCCGAGCUACAAUGAUGCUAUCGAGCAAGGAGCCGGCCAGCACAGACGCAGUAGCUCCGAUUCUGAGCCGUCCACGUCCGAGAUUGCUGAGGAUGACGAAUCUGAAUUCGGCUCCGACGACUCCACCAAUACUGACGGGGCAUGA